AUGGAGAACGCGGCGCAUCAGCAACGACACAAUUCGGACCACUUCCCACCCAGUCCUCCGCCCUCUCCUCCCACCACUAGAAGAAGGCACAAGAAGAAGGGCUCGGAUGAUCCGUUCCUUCAGCUCGGACAGCCCGUAUAUCACGCAGUCACUGGAUCACCACCAUCAUCUCCGCCGAACGAAGCGGACAUACCGGAGGAUCCUCUGUACAAACGGAUCAUCGUAACUCCCUUCCUAUUCACAUCCUUCCUCAUAUCUCUCUUCCUUGUAGACACCCAGAACGCCGUCUCGCGCACAAAGAACUCCUCCCUCUUCAGUUUUCUCAAUCCCGAGCCGUAUCAAGACCCGUCCGACUCGAGGUGGGACCGGCGAGGCUCAACGACCCACGUCAAGCCGCCUGAUGCACUUAACCCAGCUCAACGAUCGGGUACGGAGAAGAGGAAACGGUCAUCAUGGCAUCUUCAUAAGAAGAUCAGGAAGAUAGCUAAAUUGGAGAUACGUGAUGCGUUUGAGAUGCGAGGACGAGUGAUGUUCGCCAUGGUCGUUGCGAUACUGCUGGCCAUGUCUAUCGUGUGGUACUCUGUGAAGUGGAUGGUGGGCAUGUUUUGA